AUGAGCGCCGGCUUUGAACUGAUGCAUCUCGGCAUGUCAUCUGCGCUUGAAAGUGAUGUUUCGAACCACAACGAGGAAGGCGAAGAACACGGGUCGCCCGCCGUCGCUCAAUCGAGAACAGAGUCAGAGCGCUCUGUUGCUAGGUACCCUUCGAAGCGAUCACGAAUGAACGACCCGGAAACGUUGCUCGAUCGCGACAUUAAAGUGAAAGACUCAAAGCAAGUCAAGGUGAACAAACGCCAAGCCGCAGCCAAUAAGAAGAAUCAGGAAAUGGUCGGGACAGAAGGACAAGAAUACCUACCUUUUGAAAAGGCUACGGUGUAUGGACGACGGGUUGAACAAAUUGGUCGCAAACUGCAUGGCGCUCCAGAGUCAGUGGCCCCGUAUCAUAACAGCAACCGAGUGAAACAGCCAAUUGCUAAUCCAAGCGAUAACGAUGCCUUCGUGUCGUCGAUAUUGUCAAAAUUUCAAGAAGGCGCGGAGAUCGUCGACAAAAACCGUUCACCUUCGCUUGGUGGAUCCCCGCACAGCAAUCGUGGCAACAACCUUUCCCAAGAGCUGCGCGGACGAUCUUGUGUGAUGCACGCAGGUCACAAAGAUGUAGAUGCCGCCAAGAACGUGAAAUGCUCAAACAAGACUGUCAUCAGCAUGCCAAGAAGAUUUCAGGAAUACUCAGUUCCUCGCAUGUUCAAUUGCGGCACUAGCUCUUCAGCACCGCCUGGACCUGGAUGCUCGUAUUCUGAUGCUGCUUUGGCUGCAUCAACACCGGUUUUCAGCUCCAGCAAUUCGUUUUCGAUGAAGUCAUGGUUUAAGCGACUCGACGGCAGAUUUCAUUAG